AUGAAGGCCAAGGGCGGCGCCGCCGGCGGGGAGAGGAGGCCGGUGCUGUCGAGGACCAUACUGCUCCUCUGCGCCUGCAGCUUCGGCCUCGGCAUGCUCUUCACCGACCGGUUCGGAGCGAUGCCGGACUUGAAGAGCCCCGUGGUGGCGCAGCGGCGGCGCCAGGAGGAGGAGCUGCAGGUCGUUUCUGAAGAUUUUGUCGCCAAGACGAAACCAUCUGACGACAGGGACGUCAUGGGGGAAGUGGCCAAGACUCAUGAGGCCAUACAAUAUUUAGACAAGUCGAUCGCCACGCUACAGAUGGAGCUGGCAGCGCGGCGCAGCAGGCAUGAGCUGCUUGAGAGUGCGGAUGGCGUGAGGCAGGAAAGGAAGAAGGCUUUUGUGGUGAUCGGGAUCAACACCGCCUUCAGUAGCAAGAAGCGCCGGGAUUCUGUCAGGGAGACGUGGAUGCCUCAAGGUGAGAAACUCAAGAAAUUGGAAGAGGAAAAGGGAGUCGUCAUUCGCUUCAUGAUCGGUCAUAGCCCGGCAUCGAACAGCGCCCUUGAUCAGGCGAUAGACGUGGAAGAUGCUAUUCAUCAUGACUUUCUUAGGCUGGACCAUGUCGAAGGUUACCACAAGCUAUCUGCAAAGACCAAGACAUUCUUCUCCACUGCUGUGGCAUCAUGGGAUGCUGAUUUUUAUGUCAAGGUGGAUGAUGAUGUCCAUGUCAACCUAGGAAUGCUCCUCACAACCCUUGGGCGGCACAAAUUGAAACCCCGUGUCUACAUUGGCUGUAUGAAGUCUGGACCGGUUCUCUCCGACAAUUCGAAAUACCAUGAGCCCGAGUUCUGGAAGUUCGGAGAAGACGGGAACAAGUACUUCCGCCAUGCGACCGGGCAGAUAUACGCCAUCUCAAAAGACCUCGCCACCUACAUCUCAGUCAACAAGCCCCUUCUGCACAAAUUUGCAAACGAAGAUGUGUCUCUGGGAGCAUGGUUCAUCGGGCUAGACGUGGAGCACAUCGACGACAGGGACAUGUGCUGCGGAACGCCGCCAGGUCAGUUCCUUUCAGUUGUUAUUAUCUACACCAUGCACGUCUCUGAAGAUUUGGCACUAACAUUUCAUUUCUGGAAUGGCUUCGAUAUCUCAGACUGCGAGUGGAAGGCGCAGGCAGGGAACGCCUGCGUCGCGUCGUUCGACUGGAGGUGCAGCGGGGUCUGCAACCCGGUCGAGCGGCUCAAGGACGUGCACAUGAGGUGCGGCGAAGGAGACGAAGCGAUCUGGAGCGCCUCAUUCUGA